AUGCUAAGCAAACUAGCUAAUAAAGUUAUCAGAGAUAACUUAUACGAGCGCCCAACGAAUCCAACGAUACAAUCUAAAGCUCUACAUUGGCUCGUUCCAUGGGCGGGCGGAGCGCUUCCUUAUAGAUCGCGGGGCGCGCGAUCAGUGAGCUUCCAAGUGCCGAGUCGUGCGGACGUGUCGCACUCACCCCGUAAAGCCAAAACGAGACACAUAUACGUGACCGAUAACGCUAGAGAAGGACAACACCCCCGUUUUCAACAGGUCGUUAUUGUUACUCCACUAAAUGUGGCAAGUAUGGAAGAGGUAUGGGUGGAGCUGCGAGCACCUCGAUUCGUAGUUCACGGUCAUAGCGCUGUGCUGCGGUGUGACCAUAAUGUCGACCCGGAAACUCUUUACAAGGUGGUGUUUUUUAAGAGUGGACAACGUAUCAUGCAGCACGUCCAGGGCAGGGAUCCGCCAUUCGAGUUAUACAACUUUACAGGAGCUGAUAUAAACCUACCGAAAAUGACUCCGACCUCAAUAACUUUGGAGAGAAUGGAUUUCGCGGCGUCCGGUCCCUACGCCUGCGAAAUAGCCCUUGAAAUUCCGUUGUAUUCAAAGGCGUCCAAAAUACACGAAGUGAGCGUUAUUGUUCGGCAAAAAUUCCGUCCAAGAAUAAAGAUAAAGCAUAAAAAGCUGUCAUCGAACGACGACUUGGAGGCUUCGUGCCAGAGCGCCCCUGCUUACCCCGCCCCCCACCUCACCUGGCUCAUCAACAAUGUUAAGGUGGAUGAGCAUUUGACUAUACCACACGGCACUGUCAACGUCCAUCGUCAUCAUCACGGUCAGCCGCUGUCACUCACUAACUCGUCUCUACGCUUCCCCCUUUCGAACCUGGAGCUUUCGCCAAACCAGACAGUCUAUAUAACCUGUCUCAGCACUAUACCUAGCUAUGCAAGCUUAACGGAGGGAUUUGCUGAUGUCCAGAACCAUACUGUUCCUGUGAACGUAGUUCGCAUGGUGCCGGUUCCGACGCAGCUUCCCGUAAAAAUUAUAAGUGUCGAUCUAAAUCGAUCCAGCUAUUUACUGACUCAAAAUUCAUCGCAGAUUGCUGCAAGAGGUGCAAGAGCAAAGAGGUAUAAAGGCCGCACGAAAUGA